GAUGAUCAAAGGGACCUUGUUAUUGACCUUAUCGUCAUGGCUGAGUAUAUAAGUUGGAAUAUGUCUCUUCGUUUUGAGACUGUAGAGUCUCGAUGUAAAGAAAAACACGGCGGGAGGACUCGUAACACUUAUACGCACUUGUUAUUGAGACACCAUCAUGUCUGACGGGAAAUAUGUUGAUGGGAGCUACUGGUUCUAUGCCCCUCAUAAGGGUGCCGCCAUCUUCUUCUGCCUCGCUUUCUGUUGCACAGGAUGCUUCCACAUAUGGCAGUGCAUACUGUAUAAGUGUUGGAAGUUGACACCUCUGUUCUCAUUCUGCUCUCUUCUGUUCACUACCGGCUUCGCACUUCGGGUAUAUGGAGCUUUUCACUAUGACAACCUCGAAAUUUUCAUCGCUAGUGUCUGUAUCACUUAUGCAGCACCACCACUACUGGAGCUUCAGAACUAUCGCAUCCUCGGUCGAAUCUUGUACUACGUCCCGUACAACUCACCCAUCCACCCUGGGCGUGUCCUGACAACCUUUGGUUUUAUUUCAGGCAUCGUUGAGGCUCUGAAUGGCUGGGGUGCUUCAUACUCGGCGAAUCAAUCGUUGACCGACAGCGAGAUUGAGAUAGGUCAUGCUCUGAUCAAGACCUCAUUACUCUUACAGAUUGUCGUGGCAAUGCUGUUCAUUACGCUGGCUGUUACGUUCCACCGUCGAUGUGUUGUUGCUGGCAUCAUGAACGAGCGGCUCUACAAGCCACUAUGGACUUUGUAUACGAGCAUGACCCUUAUUCUUGCGCGAACCAUAUAUCGCAUCGUGGAAUACUUCAGUGUUGCGGAACUCAGGUACGGCCCAGGCUUCGACCCAGCAACAAUUAGCCCUAUCGUGAGAUACGAGUGGUUCUUCUAUGUGUUUGAGGCAGCUCUUAUGCUUUGCAACCUUGUCAUGUUCAAUAUACGGCAUCCCCGGCGAUACCUUCCCAAAAACAACAAGAUUUACCUCUCCACAGACGGCGUUACAGAGAUUGAGGGCCCUGGAUACAAGGACCCAAGGAAGUUGUGGCAAACCCUUAUUGAUCCUUUCGAUAUUCAGGGGUUGGUAACUGGUCGUGGCCGGGAAACUGACAAGUUCUGGGAAACGGGCCACGGGCGGCCGACAGACUCGACUAAAACCGUGGGAGUUAAGACUGAAACUGUUUAGUAGGUUUUUCCAGAGCUGUUUCAGAGGAUACAGGCGGUCGUGUUACAUUAGAGGAUUGCUUUUUGAGUGGGAUUCGGGAUGGUUGACAGGAUGCUCAGCGUAUGUUGGGUACCUAAUUAGCGCUUUUCCUGUGAACUGACUAAGGUAGAGCUGAGAGAUAAGAGUUGAUACAUAGACAAAAUACUUGUCUCACCGCAUGCCCAUCCUAUAUGAGCCUCAGCAGUGUGGCUUGUCACAAGAACAGGCGCUUUGGUCAAGAUUGAAUUGACACAACAUUAGUACCUGAACACUGAAACAAUGCAUGGAUCGGGACAAAACGAGACGAUAGCAAUGUCGAAGAAUCAAAGCAACAAGCUCGGGUCAUGAUGUUUGGGUUGUUGCCCUAUUAAAUGAGCUUUCAAUGCCG